AUGAAUGAUUCAGUGAAUACAAUCGUGAAUAAACUUCAAGAAGGUACAUCACUUAUAAAAUUUAAUCCGGAUGGUUCGAGAAAUGAAGGUUUCUUCUAUAUAUGUCCAAAACUCAAUACACUUUGUUAUAAUCCAUCAACAAAACGAUUUCAAAAUUCUACAAUUGAAUAUCCUCUAAAAGAUUGUGAAGUUCGACCUGGUUUAAGAUCAGAUACAUGGUUAAAAAUUCUUCGUUCAGGAAAAAUUCGAGAACAACAGGAUGAUUUGGCAUUUUCAAUUUUACAUAAUCGUGGACGAAAAAGUUUAGAUUUACUUGCUAAUGAUACUGAAACACGUCAUAUUUGGAUUAAAGGUUUAGAAAAAUUAAUUGAAGAUAGUAUUGGUAAACCUUAUACAACAAUUACUGAUAGAUGGCUUGAAGGUCUUUUUAAUGAAGCAGAUCGUGAUCGAAAUGGUCUUUUAUGUAAACGUGAAGUUCAAAUAUUAUUAUCAGAAAAAUUAAAUGUUCGUUUAACACCCGAAGAAUUUGAACAAUAUUUUGAACAAAGUACUUUAAGUACUGCUAAACGUCGUGGUCAACUACGUGUUGAAGAAUUUAUAACAUUCUAUCAAAUGUUAACUUAUCGACCAGAAUUAAUGCAUAUUAUUCAUACUUAUAGUGAAUCAUGUGAAUUAUGUACAUGUAAUAGAAAUCCAACAAUUGCUAAUAUUUGUCCGCGAUGGCAAGUUAUUGAAUCAUCUCUUGUUUCGAUGGUUCCUGUAAUAUCUUGUUUACCAUUUGCACAACCUUUUGGACCAGCAUCAACAAUAAGUUCUGUUACUGGUAAUUAUAUGACCAUCGAAGAAGUAAAAGAAUUUAUGCUCAAUGAACAAAAACAAUCAUUAACAUUAACUCAAGUAGCAGAAUUAAUCAAAAAGUUUGAUCCAUCAACAGAAGGAAAAGAAUGUAUUGAACUGGGUGUUGAUGGUCUUCGAGAAAUGUUAUUAAGUGAAGAAAAUCAACUUAUGAAACCAGAACAUCGAAAUACAAUCUAUCAAGAUAUGACUAAACCAAUAACUCAUUAUUGGAUCAAUACUUCACAUAAUACAUAUCUUUGUGCAAAUCAAGUCGUUGGUGAUUGUACUGGCGAAUCAUAUGUUCAAGCAUUGAAACGAGGUUGUCGAUCUGUUGAAUUGGAUCUUCAUGAUGGAGCAGAUGGGCAUCCAGUUGUUCGACAUGCUUUUACAUUUAUUAAAGAUGCUGAUUUGAGAGAAAUUCUGAAUCAAAUUAAACAAUUUGCAUUUUGUGAAUCACCAUAUCCAUUAUUUCUAAAUCUUGAAAAUCAUUGUUCAAUUAUGCAACAAAAAAUUGUAGCAAUAUUUUUGAUUGAUAUAUUUGGACCAUCAAUAUAUACAGCAGAAGAAGCAAAUAGUUGUACCGUAUGGCCAUCACCUGAACAAUUAAAAGGACGUAUUAUUAUUCGUGGACGAGUGACGUUGAAGAGUCUAAUGUCAGUCAAUUUCAGUGAUGAAGAUGAAUCUUUCGAUCAUGAUGUUUCUGUUGUUUGUAAAGAGUUAGCUGUUCUUGUUGCUUGUCAAAACACAACAUUUAAAGGAUUCCAAGUUGCUAAAAAACAUAAACAUACUCAAUCAUCAUCAUUAGCGGAAAGUAAAGCAUUAACAUAUAUUGAACAUAAUGCACUUAAUCUUAUUUUACAUAAUCAAAAUUUCAUUACACGUGUUUAUCCAGCAGCUUAUCGACAAGAUUCAAGUAAUGUGGAAACUCUUUCACUUUGGAAUACUGGUGUACAAAUGGUUGCAUUAAAUUUUCAAACAGGUGAUGUAUCAAUGUCAUUAAAUCAUGGUCGAUUUUCGGAUAAUAAACAAUGUGGAUAUAUAUUAAAGCCAGCAAUUUUACGAGAGAAAAAUACAACAUUUAGUCCAAAUAGUUGUUUCUCUGCUUAUUUACUUGCACAACGAAGACCUAUUAAACUAGAACUUUGUAUCAUUAGUGCACAACAUAUACCUAAACGAAAUCAACGAGAUAGUGCACCUGUAUCACCAUUUGUUAAAGUGAAAAUAUUUGGUGUUCGUUGUGAUCAAAAUGAACAAAAAACUUUAACUAUAUCAAAUAAUGGUCUCAAUCCAAUAUGGAAUCAUUUAAUGCAAUUUUCAAUUUGUAUUCCUGAAUUAUGUCUUCUUCGAUUUACAGUUAAAGAUAAUGAUAAAAGUAAUACAGAUCUUGGUCAAUAUUCGAUUCCAUUUCUUUCAAUGCAAUCUGGAUAUCGACAUAUUCGAUUACUUGAUAUUUACAAUAAUCCAACAACAGCAACAUUAUUUGUAAAUGUAAAAAUAAUCAAUACGGACAAUGCAACAUAA